UUAUUAUUAAUAUUUCUGUAUUUCAAUGGAACUUCAAUUUGAAUACAUUUACCUAAAGAAAUAAUGAUGUUCCUGUCUGACCGGUUUGAACACACCCAAAGGUGAUCAUUAAUUCCACCCUCUUUCAACACUAACCAGGAAGAGAUUCUCAUUUCUCUUUUCUGUCGUACUUUGUCUCGACCAAAUCAAUAAAGAAUCAGCAAUCAGUGGAGAACGAAGAUUAAAAACUUUACAGAACAAUUUUUGUGAAGUUAAUUUCUGAACAGACAGCAGAUCUUUCAUUCUCAUUGUGAUUCAUUUUUGAAACCAUCAUUUAGAAAGCGAGAUAAAAGUUUAGAUUGUGUGGAAAUGGCUUCAGCAGCUGAAGAUGAUUAUAUUUGUCCUGUAUGUCAUGAAAUCUUUAAGGAUCCUGUUCUUCUAUCAUGUAGUCACAGUGUUUGUAAAGAGUGUCUUCAACAGUUCUGGGGAACCAAUGAAACUCAGGAGUGUCCUGUCUGCAGGAGAAGAUCCUCAAGAGAUAAACCUCCAGUUAAUCUGGCAUUAAAGAACUUGUGUGAGUCGUUCCUGAAGGAGAGAAAUGAGAGGCGUUCAUCAGGAUCUGAGGAGAUCUGCAGUUUACACAGUGAGAAACUCAAACUCUUCUGUCUGGAGGACAAACAGCCUGUGUGUGCAGUGUGCAAAGAUACAAAACAACACAACAAUCAUAAAUUCAGACCCAUCGGUGAAGUGGUUUCAUCAUAUAAGGAGAACCUCAAUACAGCACUGAAGUCCUUACAGAAGAUAUUUCAACGCAAAGAAAAAAUUAAAGGAGAGUUUGAGAAAACAGUUCAACACAUUAAGUCUCAAGCUGAGCACACAGAGCGUCAGAUUAAACAGCAGUUUGAGAAGCUUCAUCAGUUUCUCAGAGAUGAAGAAGAAGCUACAAUCAUUGCUCUGAGGGAGGAAGAGGAGCAGAAGAAGCAGAUGAUGAAGGAGAAGCUGGAGGAGAUGAACAGACACAUCUCAGCUCUUUCACACACAAUCAAAGACAUGGAGGAGAUGAUGAAAGCCAAUGACGUCUGCUUUCUGAAGGAGUUUCCAGUCUCGAUGGAAAGAGUCCAGAGCUCACAGCCGGAUCCACAGAUGGCUUCUGGAGCUUUGAUUAAUGUGUCACGUUACUUGGGCAACCUGCCGUUCAGAGUCUGGAAGAAGAUGGAGGACAUCGUCCAAAACACCCCUGUGAUUCUGGAUCCAAACACUGCGAAUCCACGUCUCGUCCUGUCUGAUGAUCUGACCAGUGUGAGAAAUAACGGGGAUAGACAACCUCUUCCUGAUAAUCCAGAGAGAUUCGACGAGUGUCUCUCUGUUCUGGGUUCAGAGGGGUUUAACUCAGGAACACACUGCUGGGAUGUGGAGGUUAAAGAGAGUUUUUUCUGGAUUCUUGGAGUAAUUACACCAUCAAAAAAGAGGAAGGGGCGUAUUUUCAUUGACGGUGAUAUCUGGAGUGUGUCGUGCAAUCAGAUUGGUCAGGAUGUUGAUCGUGUGAGAGUGUAUCUGGACUAUGACAAAGGAAUGGUGUCAUUCUCUGAUCCUGUAACUGACACACAUAUACGCACAUUCACAACCACCUUCACUCACACACUCUUUCCAUUCUUCUGGUGUCCUGACGUGUGUCUGAGGAUCUUACCGUUCGAUAGUCAGUAAAUGUUACUGGGAGCCAUGAAUGUGUUUUGUAUGCUGGCAUGAAGCCCUAACCCUAACCCAUUAUUGUGUUUCAUAUGCUGAAUGUUGAUGUAUAAAUGGUAAAAAAACCAUGCUUUGAACAGAAAAAUUAUAACAGCAUUGUUAUUUAUACACUCAUACACUCACAGAUGUUAACAUUCAGCAUCUGAAAUGCAACAAUGAUGUUACAAAUGAUCUUAAAACAUCGGUUGAGUUUAAUACUUCUUUUUAAUAAUGCUUCAGUAAGUUUACAUUUACAUUUACAUUUAUUCAUUUGGCAGACGCUUUUAUCCAAAGCGACUUACAAGUGAGGAAUACAACAAGCGAGUCGUCAUGACGAGGCAAAUAGACAAGAAGUGCUCAUAAUACAAGUUAUAGGCAGUGCUCAGAUUAUCCUAAAAUACAAUAGAGAGGGAUUAGAGGAAGUGAAAGGAAAGGAAUAAGAAUUUUUUUUUUUUUUUUUUUUUUGCGAAGUUACAGAAAAAGCUACAGAAAAAUCAGUUGUUUAAACCACUUUAAUGCAGUCAUUUGACCAUUAAAGCAGACAUGUUGAGCUCCUUUAUCAAUGCAGAAAUUAUUUCUGAAAAAUAAAUAAAUGAACAAGUCAAGAGCCCAACUAAAGCAAACACCGAUCAACAUGAUGGUGAACUCAAAUAAAAAAUGUCAACCAAACAUCAACAUCUAAACGUCUAAUUCUAGAUAAGAGUUUCCGUAGACAUCUGACAGAAAAAAAAGUCAAUCUGGUUACUAAUUUGGCUAUUGUUUUGUUUCACGUUUGUGUGCAUGUUUGUCCUCGGGUUUCAUGACUUUAUAUCUCAGAAUUCUGACUUUUUAACACGCAAUUGUGACUUUAUAUCUCAGAAUUCUGAC